AUGUUUAAAAAGCUGAUAUGUCAACUUUUUUCUGAUAAAUGUCAAUUAAUAUCUCUUCAACUUGAUAUUGAUGAUGAUAAUAAUCCUCUUAAUAUUCAUCAAUGUUUUACAUUAUGUUCGCAUUCUUCUUCAAAGUCAAUUUCUAAUAAAAUUCAAUAUUGUUGUUUAACACUUCAUUAUUUAUAUGUUUGUCUUAAAUAUACAUAUUUUCUUGAACAUCUUAUUGAACAUAUACCAAAUAUUGAACAAUUAUCAGUCAUUUUUUAA